AUGACUCUGGCUUGUUUCUCGGCAAUUCAAGACACAACCAAGACUCCAGGCCCGGGCCAAUAUCAAACAGAUCAACUACAUUGUAUUGGAGGGUCUUUAUCCCUGAAAAAUACCAUCCGUCCCAAAUAUAACUACAAUCAAGACUACAUCAAUACAGCACAAUAUAUCGGUCCGAUUUCAACAAUUUCACCAAUUAAGAUAACUAUUGGUAAACGAAUUGAAAAACGUGCAAUGGAAGAAACAAUUGGACCUCAAUACGUCCCGGAUCCAAAAGAAACAUUCAGGAAAUCAGUAACAAUCAAAAGCAGAUACGAAAAGAAGAAUAUUCCAAAAAUGCCAGGCCCUGCAGACUAUUCUCCUUCCAGACCUUCAACAACUUCAAUUCCAGCUCAAGGCCCACGAGGUGAUCUUUUCCUAGGAUUCACCGCUGACUCUCCAGGGCCCGCUGCUUACGAAGUGAAGAGCGAUUUUGGAAAGGAAUGUCCCAAAGUCGCAAUUCGUCCAAUAAACGUUAUUGAAAACCCAGAAGAUACAAAUCCAGGUUAUCAAUACAAUGAACUUGGAGACUUCGGAAAGAACGCUAGAAAAUCUAGUUUUGGCAGAGCAGCUCGUACAACAAAUUAUCAAACGAUUACUCUAGGUCCUGGCCAAUAUGAAGGCGCAAAUAGACCAUAUACUACAUCUACUCAACUUGGUCCAUCAAUAAGAUCAAUUCCACACAAUUCUCGUGGAUUUAGAGCUUCAACAGAUUCAUUAUACGAUACUCGUCAAUUCCCACAGAUAAAGCAACGUACAAUCUCAAGGCAAUGUGGUCGUGGUCCUCUUGAUUACAUCAAUGAUUCUCCAGGACCUUCAUAUCUACCAAAUACUACUUUAGAUUUACGUCCUAUUUCCAUCCACCAGAAAAUUGAAGUUAAACCAUCAGCUUACACUCCAGGACCGGGAGAUUACACUCCAAUGAACCCUGGAGAGUUCCAAAAGAUCAAUUGCCAGUUAAAAGGACCUCUUGAUCGUAAUUUCUUCUUCCCAGAUAAGGAUAUACCAGGGCCAGCAGCUUAUAAGGUCGAAACCGAGAAAAGUGGCUGCAAAUGGACCAUUGGUGAGCGAUCUUUGCCAAAAUACAGCAGAGCAAACACAAGAGCUUCAACAUUACGUGCUUCUACUGCAUUUGGCAACCCAAGAAAUCAGGAUAAUAGGCAGUUCAGUAAGACGGCUCCUAUUGUUCUUUAA